GUGCGAAGGAAAACAUGGCGAACCGCUGGCUCCCUGGCGAGAAGCUGAGCAGCACGGAAGUCGCUGCUUACCUCGAGAGGAUCGGGAUCUCAGUGGGUGAGGCAAAGGAGCCGUCCCCCGAGCUGCUGUUGCUGCUGCAGCGAAAGCACCUAUCGUCAGUGCCCUUCGAGAACCUGCAUAUCAUUCUCAGCGAAGACAAUCACAAAGUGCCACAGCUGGAGCCUUUCGCGACGUUCAACAAAAUCGUGACGCACAAUCGUGGCGGAUAUUGUUACGAGCUGAAUGGCGGAUAUUGUCGCCUCCUGGACGCAUUGGGCUUUCGCGUCAAGCCACUCUUGGGUCAGCCCAUGCGCAGGCACACACAUCCACCUCAAGGCACCCAUCCUCUGCUUGCGCCUGUGUGUGUCGAUGUGUGUCUGCAUGUGCAGCGCGCAUCAGUGGUGAGGACACGCCCUACCCAGCGAUUGCACAAUUGGACCACCUGGUGAUUCUCGUGACCUUGGGGGAGAGCGAGUACAUCACAGAUGUGGGCAACGGGACCAAGUGCAUCCGAUCACCAAUCCACCUCCCCACAGAGGGCACACCGACGGUGAUCCCCGGCCACCGGCUGUCGUGCAUUGCCGAGGGGCUGUAUCUUCUCGAGUGGAUGUCGGAGGACAACACAUGGACACCCUGGUGAGUGACGGACGAGCCACGAAGAUGACGAGAAAUAGGUUGAUGGGGUCAUUCAGUCACGCCUGUCUGUCUGGCUGGGCUAUGUUCCUGUCAGGUACACUGUUGACCUCAAGCAGAACACCUACAUUCCCCAGGACACCGUGUGAGCGCUGACGGGGAAGAAUGCACCCCACUCGGCCAAUGCGCAUUUCUUCCUCUCUCUCUGUCUGUCCACGUCUGAAGUUUUGCCAACUUCCAUGUGGCCAACGUCCAUCCGCUCUUCUCCCAGGUGCCGCUGGCCGUCCUUCACACAGCGUAUGGCGCCAAGGUCAUCACCAAGGGCAAGUACAAGCACACCCAUUUCGCAUGGACGGCACACGAGACCGGCGGCGGCUGGCCCCCUGUGGACGUGGACGUCCCUCCGGUGAUGGAUGGCAAGGCCUCCGUCGAUUUCGGCCACCGCAGUCUGUCUUGUGAGGAGAUCCCCGCUUUGCUGGUUGGUGAGUUCCGCUUCGACUAUGGCUUCAGCAGCGAGCAGAUGGAGCGUCUGAGGAAGCAUGUGAAGGGGUAUGCACUCGAGUGAUGGAACAGCGGACCCAAAAAUUGUGUGUGUGUGUGUGUGUGUGUGUUGGAAUACCCCUCGUGCAGGGGAGCGGACUCGACGCUGAAGAGCACACAGCCGUCGCCGGACGAGCUGGCGAUCAAGGAGACGGUGCGUGACUGCUACAGCAAAGUGUGUCGCGAGUUCAACCCUGCCAAGCAAGAACAGGCCGACCAGCUAGCGCAGAGCUUCGGCUAUUCCAAGCAGGACGUCCACGAGCUGGGUGCGGGUGCCUCGAUGGGCCUCUCGUGCGGCAACCCCGUCAGCAGGGUGGGUGAGUCGGCAGGCAGUCAACGAAAGACCUACUCACUCUGUCCUGCGGGCGGAUUGAUGGAUGGAUGCAUCAAGGGAUGUGUGUGUUCUGGCUGUGUGUAUUCAGGCUGACCUGAGAGAGGGCGAGGUGGUGUUGGACCUCGGCGCUGGAGCUGGAUUCGACCUCUUUCUGGCCGCCAAGAGGGUCAGCCGGGCAAAUGAAAACGAACUUUGGGUGCAACGGGUGUGAUUGUCCUGAUGUGACUGCAAUAAUGUGACUAUUUCAGGUGGGCCCCAGCGGCCGGCUGAUCGGCGUUGACUACAGCGCUGACAUGGUCGAGCGGGCGAGGGCCAACGCCAAGAAAAGGGGCAUUGCCAAUGUCGACUUCCACCACGCCGAGCUGGAGAGGCUGCCGAUCGCUGACCGAUCCGUGGACUGCGUCAUCUCCAACUGUGUGCUCAAUCUGGUGCCUGACAAGACAAAGGCAUUCAGCGAGCUCUUCAGGGUGCUCAAAUCAGGUCGGUCGGUGGCUGGCUGGUGGGGCAGGGAGCACUCAGGCCACACACGCACGUGUAUGCUGUCUGUCUGUCUGUCUGUUUGUCUUUGUGUGCGCACGGCAUGCAGGUGGUCGUGUGGUGAUAUCUGACAUCGUCCUCAGGCAAAAGGUCCCUCCUGGCCUCGCUGCGGUCAGUGAGCGCCGACGCACACACGCACACACACACACGAAAUGGUGUGCAUGUGUAUGUGUCAUGUCUGCAGGACAUCCGCACGCGUGUGUGCUGUGUGGGUGGCGCCCUGCAAGCAGAGGAGUACGAGUCGCUUUUGCGUCAAGUGGGCUUCGGCGAGGUCAGAUUGGUGGACAAGAACGCUGACCUGAAUGUGUGGAAGAAGCUCGACGUCCUGCCGAAGCAGCAGCAGCAGCAGCAGGAGGGCAGCUGCUGCUCGACCAGCCGGUCAGAAGCAACGAGAGUGAGCUGCUGCGGUGCUGAGCAAAGCGAUAGUGAGGCCGGGUCUGCUUUCAUGACGAGCGACCUGAACCAGUUCGCCUCGAGCUGCUACAUCCACGCCCUCAAGCCGUAGAUAGACGACUGACGAGAGAGUAGACGACUGUCGCGGGGGACGAGCUGUAGGCGGCUGGCUUUUUCUGUCCAUUGAUCGAUGACACGCUUCAUGUGUAGUCCUCUUUUUUUAUCAUCGACUCCAUACGCACAUAUAUAUACAUGUGUGUGAGUGACCCGACUUCAUCAAUUUUUCAUCGCGCGAUGAUCAGUGCAGCUAAGAUG